AUGUUGCUGAUCAAGACCCUGGAAUAUCUAUUUUAUUUGGCACUAUUUGCUUUCAUGUGCAAAUAUGCCCAGGCAGCAAGUGUUGUCCAGUCAACGGAGGCAACUCCCGCUCCCACGGAAACCUUGAGGAAACCUCAAAAGUCAGAAACCCUGCUCAAUGGCUGCGAAACAUCUUCGUUUAGCUGGAUGUGCCUCAAGAUUGAGUUUGUCAAGAUCAUGGAAAAGCUGGCUGAACAAGAGGAACUCAAUGUUUUACCCGGCGUUAGUGUGGUGAAGGAUGAGAAUGCCACCGAGCUUAAAACAUCGGAAUUAAUGGCGGAAGUUGCACGAAGCUAUCCCAGUGAUCCCAGUACUCGCCUGAAUGGUUAUAUUGUGGCCAAGUUGGAAAAUCUUCUAAAGACACGCUUUUUGAGAUUUCGCCUGCUGGAUGACAAAUCCCUGGCAGAAGGCCGAAAACACAAAUUUGGCAAGAAAGGUGGCCUUGAGGCCCUGGUGGCAGCCGGAGUAAUGAUGAAGGGCAUGCUCAUGGCCAUGGGAUUCGGAGCUAUUGCUUUGAUGGCCGGCAAGGCUCUUAUGACAGCUCUAAUGGCCUUGACCCUUUCGGGAGUUCUUGGUCUCAAGAGUUUAGCCGGCGGCGGCGGAAAAUCAACCACCUAUGAGAUCGUGGCCAAACCCAUUUACACUUCCAGUCACUCGCAUUCGGUGACCCACGAGGAUGGAGGCCACGGACAUAGUCCACAUUUUGCCGCCGGCGGAGGUGGUGGCACUGCCAGUGGCUUUGGCUAUGGCGGAUAUGCUCGGUCCAUGAAAGUAGAGACAUCGACUAACCAAAUCUAA